UUCCUCCGCAACGCUUCGAGCUACUUUAGUGUCCAAUGGGAAGCAAUUUCGGCACAGCGCCAUCUCCUGGAAUGUCAAGUCUGUUUAAUUUCUUACCGCCAUGUCUCCUACCAGCCUUGUGAUUUUACUUCUGUGUGCACCCAUCAUGGGCCAGAUACCUCUGCAUGCCACUGUUGGAGGCUCCGUCCUGAUUCCAUGUUCCCUACCAGUUAAUUCAUCUGAGAGUCUCAAAUGGUUUUACUGGCAGGAGGAACAGUCUCACAACUUUUUAUUCUUCUGGGACGCUGGUGGGAAAACACAAACAAUACCUGAGAAAUACAGGGACAGGUGUGAAGCCUUCAAUACUGAGUUUAGUUCUGGAAACAUUUCCAUUAGACUUAACGAUGUUGUAGUUGGAGAUGACAAGUUAACAUUCUACGCCAUUGUUGGUUGGAAUGAAGGUGAACCAUGCUGUAAAUCCACAUUGCAGGUUUCAGCUCCAUACCAAGAUCUAGUCCUGACAGUUAACGAGACAGCAAAGCGUGCAACCUGCAGUGCACGUGGAGGUUACCCUGAACCUAGAGUGUCAUGGACGGGUCAAAACAAAUCCGGCUCUGCACAGCUGCAGGGUGCUCUGACGGAACUGUUGCAGGAUCCAACAGAGGAAACCUUCUCUGUCCAUAGCUCUGUCAGCGUGAAGGAUUUACAGUCUGUAACCUGCCUUAUCUACAACACUCACUCCACCCGGACCAUUGGGAAAACUGCAAAGAUCGAUGUGCCUGGUGAGAGCCAGCAGAGGCAACAUCAUUCGGUUAUUGUAAUAGUUGUCGCUGCACUCGUUACCCUGUGUGCCCUGUGUGCCCUGUGUGCCCUGUGCACAAAAUAUCUAAAUUCUAACCAGAAUCGACAGCAGGCUGCUGAUGAUGCUUCUGAUGAUGCUGAUGCAGAUGAUGAUGCUGUUGCUGAUGAUGUUGAUGCUGAUGCUGAUGCAGAUGAUGAUGCUGUUGCUGAUGAUGCUGAUGCUCAUGCUGAUGCUCAUGCUGAUAUGAUGCUGAUGCAUAACAGGAAACCAAAACUGUUAGGUGAAAGAGAUGAAAAAGCAGAUGAAACACCUCAGAAUGUGACAGACAAAUAA